UUUAAAAUUCCCUCGUCUUUGCAGCAGGAGGUAGCCGUUAGUUACCAAAUCUGGAUUUAGCUUAAUUAUUCCCUCCUUUCCUCUGACCAGUACCUUCGAUGCUUAUAUAGAGCGCAGUGCUAUGUUUUCCCCUUGCAGAAACCAAGAACUCGCAGAAAAAGGUCGUGCUCCUAGGUAGGAGCGAUUGCAUUGGGUUGGACUAGAGCUGGUAGUUAAGCUGUAGUGGCCAUGGGUCUGUGGAGCUGCAACAGCGUCCAAUGCAAUGUUGCAUCAAGAAGGAAGCAGCUGCCGCUCCUGCUCCUGCUCCUGGUGCUGUUGUUGCAGGAGGUGCCGGUGCCGACGCGCGGGCAGGCGUCCGACGGCGUGGUGAUCGCGCAGGCGGACCUGCAGGGGCUGCAGGCCAUCCGGCAGUCGCUGGUGGACCCGCACGGGUUCCUGCGCGGCUGGAAUGGCACGGGCCUCGACGCCUGCUCCGGCGCCUGGGCCGGGGUCAAGUGCGUGCUUGGCAAGGUCGUCGCCAUCCAGCUCCCUUUCAAGGGCCUCGGCGGCUCGCUCUCCGACAAGGUCGGCCAGCUCACCGCGCUGCGCAGACUCAGCCUCCACGACAACGCCAUCGGCGGCCAGGUGCCAGCCGCCCUUGGGUUCCUCCGCGAGCUCCGCGGCGUGUACCUCCACAACAACCGCUUCGCAGGGGCCGUGCCGCCCGCGCUGGGCGGAUGCGUGCUCCUGCAGACGCUCGACCUCAGCGGCAAUUUCCUCUCCGGGAGUAUCCCUUCUGCUCUCGCCAAUGCCACUAGGCUCUAUCGGCUCAACCUCGCGUACAACAACCUCUCUGGUGUCGUGCCCAGCAGCCUCACCUCUCUCCCUUUCCUUGAAUCCCUUCGCCUCGACGACAACAAUCUAAGUGGCGUGCUGCCACCCACCAUUGGCAAUCUCAGGAUGCUCCACGAUCUUUCUCUCAGUAACAAUUUGAUUAGUGGAAGCAUCCCUGAAGGGAUUGGGAGCCUCUCAAAGCUCCAAAGACUUGACCUUUCUGAUAAUCUGUUGGGUGGUAGCCUCCCUCUGUCACUCUCCAACCUCACCUCGUUAGAAGAGCUCAAUCUCGAUGGCAAUGACAUUGGAGGACACAUACCGGAAGCCGUUGACGGGCUCAAGAAUCUGACCAAGCUGUCCCUGAAGAGAAAUGUCUUCGACGGCGAGAUUCCGGCGACCGUCGGGAACCUCUCGGCACUGUCAUUGCUCGACGUGUCAGAGAACAACCUCACCGGAGAAAUUCCGGAGUCCUUGAGCGGCCUUUCCAAUCUCAGUUCUUUCAAUGUUUCCUACAACAAUCUCUUAGGUCCUGUGCCUGUGGUUCUGUCCAACAAGUUCGAUUCUAGCUCGUUCGUUGGAAACUUUCAGCUCUGCGGGUUCAAUGGCUCCGUCAUUUGCACUUCCGCUUCAUCUCCGGUGACAUUGCCGUCACCCCCGCUGCCAUUGUCGCAGCAGCGGACCCGAAAGCUCAACAAAAGGGAGCUCACCUUUGCUGUGGGAGGCAUAUGUUUGCUCUUCUUGCUCCUGUUCUGCUGCGUCGUCCUCUUCUGGAGGAAAGACAAGGAGGAAAGCACGUCUCCCAAGAAGGGAGAGAAGGACGCGACCGCCAAGGCGGCCGGGAAGCCCGGCGCCGGCGCCGGCUCAGGCACUGAUACCGGCGGGGAAGGCGGCGGCAAGCUGGUCCAUUUCGACGGGCUGCUCUCGUUCACGGCGGACGACCUGCUCUGCGCGACCGCGGAGAUCCUGGGGAAGAGCACGUAUGGGACGGUGUACAAGGCGACCAUGGAGGACGGCAGCUACGUCGCGGUGAAGCGGCUCCGGGAGAAGAUCGCCAAGAACCAGAAGGAGUUUGAGACCGAGGUGAACGCUCUCGGCAAGCUCCGGCAUCCCAACCUCCUCGCCCUCAGGGCCUACUACCUGGGUCCCAAGGGUGAGAAGCUCCUGGUGUUCGACUACAUGCCCAAAGGCAACCUCGCCUCUUUCCUCCAUGCUCGUGCGCCAGACAGCAACCCGGUGGACUGGCCGACGAGGAUGAACAUCGCGAUGGGCGUGGCGUGGGGGCUGCACCACCUGCACACCGACGCGAACAUGGUGCACGGCAACCUCAGCAGCAGCAACAUCCUCCUGGACGAGGAAAACAACGGCAAGAUCGCUGACUGCGGCUUGUCAGGCCUCAUGAACGCGGCGGCCAACUCCAGCGUGAUCGCCGCCGCCGGCGCGCUCGGCUACCGCGCGCCUGAACUCUCCAAGCUGAAGAAGGCCAACACUAAGACCGACAUCUACAGCCUCGGCGUGGUCAUGCUCGAGCUCCUGACCGGCAAGUCGCCGGGGGACACGACCAACGGCCUCGACCUGCCGCAGUGGGUGGCCUCGGUCGUUGAGGAGGAGUGGACCAAUGAGGUGUUCGACCUGGAGCUCAAGAAGGACGCGGCCGCGGGCUCAGAGACCGGCGAGGAGCUGGUGAAUACGCUGAAACUGGCAUUGCAUUGCGUCGAUCCUUCACCUCCUGCGCGGCCUGAGGCGCAGCAGGUGCUACGGCAGCUUGAACAGAUCAAGCCCUCGAUCGCAGUCUCCGCAGCCUCAACUUUCACCGACGAGAAGAGCCAUACUACCGCGACUGCCACCAGUGUCACAGACGAAACGAAAUCUACAAUUACAGAGUAGUCAGCCUCUUGCGGACUGAAACUUGCAGUUCUUAGUUUCUCAAUAAAUAGACUUAAGAGUCUAUUUUUCAGUCUGUACAUACAGGUUUUAGGGGGUAGGAGAAUUUGUUGCCAUGUCAUUCUUUAAUUCCUAAAUUCGUUCGGAUCUGCCAGAAGCACUACUGUUAUCAGAAGAUGAUUUGGGAAUGCUGCCUUCUAAUAAGUUUCAA